AUGAAUAAAAAAGACGAGGAAAUCGAAGAAAUUUUAGCAUCAAUUUUAAGUAGACAAAUUUUUCAUUAUUUAGCCAAAACUGAAGAAUAUUUUAAUGAGAAAAUAGUAGAUUGUUUCAAUAUUGUUUUACCGAAUCAAACAUCGAGAAGUCGAUUUUUAGCAAAGAAAAGUAUUAAUGAAUUUUUCGAUGAAAUGGGUAAAUUUUCAAUUGAGAAAAGUGAUAAAAUGAAAAAUCAUUCAAUUGAAGCUAUUCUAAAUAAUAGUACGAAAAUUUAUGAUUUACCUUGGAAUAAUGCCGAAGAAGUUUACGAAAAUAAGACCAUUAUGAGUACAUUGUAUGCAUCAACUCGAUUAGAAAAACUCAAGAAUUCGAUUUAA